GCAGAACACCUUUCCCCCAGCAUGCCUCCUCAUCCACUCAAAAGUCUCUCUGUACAAGAAGUCCAGCUGGCCAAGGACAUUGUCCUUCGGGAACAUGAUGGCGAGCUUGUCAUGAUCAGGGAGAUUGCUCUCCAAGAGCCACCCAAGAAAGAAUUGGUGAAGUUCUUGGAUCUCGAGCAUUCCGGUAGCCUCACAGAGGCUUCGCCACGCCCGUCACGCCUCGCCGCCGUCAGCUACGAUGUCAUUGGCUCCGACAAGAUCCCGUACUUCCAUGAGUCUGUUGUCGAUGUUGAGAAGCAGUCUCGGGUCAAGCACGAGGUUAUCGGAAAGGAACAUCAUGCGCCACUCAAGCUUGCUGAAUUUGAUGUCCUCGUUGAGACGGUCAAGGCCUCUCCAGAGUUCGCCGAAGCAAUGAAGGAAUUCGACAUCCCAUCCAACUUCGAGAUCGUCGUUGAACCGUGGCCGUACGGUGGACCCGAGGUCGACGACAAGGACAACCUGAGGACUUUCCAAGGCCUUAUAUUCGCCCAGGAUCUCAGCAAUAAGAAUCCAGAUUCGAACUUCUACGCUUAUCCUCUACCUUUGAUCCCAGUAAUGGACGUCAACACACGGAAGAUCAUCCGGAUAGAUAGACUGGCCACCGGAGGCAAAGGAGACUCGAUGACCGGCAAGACUCACAGCAAGAAAAUCGUGGACCACUGCACCGCUGCUGAGUAUGUUCCUGAGCUUCUGCCCCAUGGAGUGCGAACAGACCUGAAGACCUUGAACGUCGUCCAGCCUGAUGGUGCAUCCUUCGCGGUGACGGACGAUUCCCUGGUGGAGUGGCAGAAGUGGCGCUUCCGGGUCUCAUUCAAUCCACGUGAGGGAGCUGUGAUCCAUGAUGUCUGGUAUGACGGAAGAUCCAUCCUCCAUCGACUAGCCAUCAGUGAGAUGUCAGUCCCGUACGCCGAUGCACGGGCACCAUUCCACCGCAAACAAGCCUUCGACUUCGGCGACGGCGGAGCCGGCAAUUGCGCGAAUAACCUUUCGCUCGGUUGCGACUGUCUCGGGACAAUUCAUUAUUUCGACGGCGUCGGCAUCACCGGCGACUCGCAGGUCUGGCCGCAGAAGAAUGUGAUCUGUCUACACGAGCAAGACAAUGGCAUCGGCUGGAAGCACACGAAUUGGCGCACUGGCCGAGCUGUUGUGAUUCGCAACCGAGAACUCGUUGUACAAUUCAUCAUCACUCUGGCGAACUACGAGUACAUCUUCGCGUAUAAAUUCAAUCAAAGCGCCGGUAUCGACAUUGAGACUCGUGCGACCGGCAUUGUCUCGUGCGUCAACAUCGAUCCUGGAAAGGUCAGCGACUACGGCAACGUGGUCAGUCCGGGUGUCCUUGCGCAGAAUCAUCAGCACAUAUUUGCUGUACGGAUGGACCCAGCGAUCGAUGGUCAUGCCAACACAAUGGUCCAGGAAGAAUCCCUCCCAGUACCAAUGAACCCAGAAACCAAUCCUCGCGGCAACUACUACGAAGUCAAGCGCACGCCAUUCACAAAAGCCAGCUGGGCCGACGCCCAGCCCAUGAACAACCGCGUGUUCAAAAUCGUGAACGAAUCAAAGCUCAAUCCCAUCAGCGGAAAGCCAGUCGGCUUCAAAUUCAUUCCUCCAGCCACCCAGCUCCUGCUAGCAGACCCGGAGUCCGUCCAAGCGCAGCGCGCGCUGUUCGCUCAACACCACGUCUGGGUCACGAAGCACGUCGAUGACGAGUUCUUCGCUGGUGGUCGCUACACUCUGCAGAGCAAACGAGAGGUCGGUGGUGUUGCAGACGCUGUGGAAAGAGGCGACAAUGUACAGAAUGAGGACAUUGUGGUGUGGUCGGUGUUCGGUCUGACACAUAAUCCGAGAGUCGAGGACUGGCCUGUGAUGCCGGUGGAGAUUCAUCAGAUCCAGUUGCGGCCGGCAGACUUUUUCACGGCGAAUCCAUCGAUUGAUGUUCCGAGCAAUAGAAAUUUGGAGAGCAGGUUGGUGGUCAAUGGGAAUGGAGUGAAUGGCCAUGAGACGAAUGAAACGAAUGGCGAUGCAUGCUGCAAGUAAAUUGCGCUGAUGGUGACUAGACACGGGAACGGCCAGACACGACACAGCAGAAUUGAAUGUCAUGGUAUCAAUAGUCGAAAUUUUUGCGGCAGCGGACGCAGACUGGUCGCAUUCCUGGUCGUUGACGUUGUCGUCACGCUGGUCGUAGACGUAGUCGAAACAGGACCUGCACCUGCGCAAGCCUCGCCGUAGACUUGGAAGGUGAUGAGGGGUCACGAUUGUCGAAGCUCAAUCAUGCCAGCUUCGGAGAGACGACGAACGCCGUUCCCAUAUCCAGAAGUCCUGCACCGAGAGGUCGCACAGGUCAAAUGGCGGGCCGAGGAAGACAAGCAGUCAAAUCGUGACAGAGCUCCGCGCUGUUUCCCAGCCGGACAAGUUGAUGAAUGUACAAUCCUACGAAUGCUAAUCUGUGUCAUGUCCUCCAGUGAGUCCUGUC